AUCAAAUAAACCCUAAAAUAUCUAAAAUGUUCUGGAUGGCAUAAAUAAACAAAAUGUAAUAAUAUUCAGCAGACAGGGUACCGCCCUCGUGGCCCUUUCUCUGCAGUUGCUCAUGUUGACAAGGAAAUGUCUGCAAUACGUGAUAUAGUUCCAGAAAAUACUGCUAAUUUGGCAACCAUUUUGUCAAAUGUUUUAUCGCCAAACUCAACGGCUACUUCAUCUCAGUCCCAUUCAACAGUAACAGCUAGUAAAAAAGAAAACUCACAACACCAAAAGACUGGUGUACAUAUUAAUCAAAUAGACGGAUCUUCACAAGAAACUGUGUCAAGUACUUCAAUUGAAAUGCCAGGAAAGCAGUCGUCCAUAGAGUGUACAACCUUCACGGCCAGUAGCACACUGCCAGCACCCAUAGCUCGACCUUGGUCAUAUAGUUCAUCAACUAAUAACUCUGGAGAAUGCUUAAGUUCAUACCCGAAAGCUCCUGGAUCUGAAAUAGAAGACAAAGAGGUAACCCUUAGAAUACAACUUAAAGCUCUUGAUAAUGAUCCAUCUUUAGACCUUAUUCAAAAAGUUUGUUGCAAACACAGUCUCUGUUUAGCAUAUGGAUUUCAGCCACAUGCUGUUUUACUAACCACAUCAUCUUCCUUACCACAAGGUUUCUCUUUCCCAUCAGAAUUUUAUUCUGAAGGAGUAGACACAGUUGAGUCUGUAUUAGAAAAUGCUUUGGAUGACUUGAACCUAGAUGAAAUAAAUGUUGAAGCUUCUAUAGAUAAAGAACUAGAGUGUGAAGUGAAUCCAUUAAAUUCUUCAGUAUCAGCUGGGCUGGCUAGCUCUGUAAUUUUAAGUAGUUCUGCCCUAGUGAGCAUUCCUGGAAAUGAAAGUGUGCAUGAUCAAAGAAGAUUAAGUAACUUGUCACCUGUCACAUCCCCUCUAGGAUCUCUCUCUCACAGUCUCUCAAUGGGAGGAACUCCAUUUCUUACUUCUUCAGGAGUAGUUGGUUCAAGACCUGAACAUUUUUUAGAUAAGGCUGCUACUUCUUUCUAUAGCCAUGCAAGUUCUUAUGGAAAUGCAAAUUAUAGUCAUUUCCUUGGCCCUGGAAUAUAUGAAUAUUCUGCUUCACAGAACAUGUCUCCAGUUUCCCCUCUGUUACCAGACAUGUUUACAUUUAAUUCAGCUAAAUCUGGUGGUCCUAAUCUCACAGAAGUUCAUAGCUUACAAGAAGAACAUGUUUCAAGUGGAACCAAAUUAGCCACGAUGGAAGAAGAUUAUAAUCAAUUAUGAAUGGAGUUCAUCGGAACUAUCCAGGAAUGUGAAGCAUGGAAGAGAAAAGCCAAAGAUGCAAUUGAAAAAGAAAACUUAUGAGAACAACAAAGAGAUGAGCCAUUAGCUAAGAUUGAUUUACUCCAAAAGCAAGUAGAAAAUUUAAUUUGUGGUUCAUUAUUACAACCUUUACCUGGAAUAUCAGAGUUAGAAACUGUCUCUCUUGGAGAACAUAAACAAAUAAAGGACCAGCUUAGAAAUGAGUUAGACAGAUUAGAUAAGGAGAUUUAUCAUAAAACUGCAGCAAAGUGUAUGGUAUAUGAAAACCAGAACCAUAGUGUAACACUGUUACCUUGUAACCACUAUGACUUAUGUAACCAGUGUGCCCUUCACCAGUCAAAAUGUCCUUACUGUCAGGCUGAAAUUGCCCAGAGACCAAGUAUGAACUUGCCAAUGUAAAGAUAUAGGUUACGUAGCUUCUGCAUUUAUUUGAAUUGAAAUGUGUGAAAAACUUUUAAUACAAAUUGUUUAUCUUCUCAUUUGGACUCUUGUAGAAAUAAGAGUAGCUAGUAAUUCUUAUUAUGCAUGCAGCUGCAGUGUGAAAAUACACAUGUCAGUUUUCUAUAGUACAUAUAUUUCAUAUCACAAAAGCUUUAUUUUUUUUCAAAAUUCCAAUAAAAUAAAUCUGGUCUAGGUCAUGAACAAUAUUUAGCCUUAGGAGUUACUUUCGUAAGCAGGGCUUCAUCAUGGGCUAUCUCCUUUUCCUGAUGUGAGACUGCUCUACCACUUUCACAUGGACCAAAAUUACUUGUUAUUCUUGUGAACUGAUUUUUUGAUUGGUCAGAUACAGAGAAAAGGUGGAGUGUAAAAGCAGUUUUGAUGUUUUCGAACAGGGUUGAAUGUGUAGGAUCAGCUUUGAAGGGCCAAAUGGUCCUUUGUACAUGUGUUGCUAGCAACUUUAAUAUCUUUGAUAACAGUCCAUACCUGUGUAUAUGGAAUUUGUUUGUGUAAAAAUAUAUAUAUAUGUAUUCUAUGCUGAAAUAAAAUGUUUACAUAA